CACACUCGUUAACACUUUAAGCCGAACGAAGAAACAAAAGAGUCUCACACACAGUGUGAAAACCCCCAAAUCGAUCAGAUGCAAGAUUUCUUCGGCUCCGUUCGCCGAUCUCUCGUCUUCCGUCCUCCCGGCGAUGAAGACAACCAGGAGAAUCAGCCUCCGUUCCCCGGCGCUCUCGCCGAUAAGAUCACCUCCUGCAUCCGCAAAUCCAGGGCUCUCAUCAAACCCUCCUCUUCCCCGCCGCCUCACCCUCCUUCCGCCGCAGAUACGCCGCCUCCGAUUUCGUGGAGGAAAGGUCAGUUAAUCGGCCGCGGCGCGUUCGGUACGGUGUACAUGGGGAUGAAUCUCGAUUCCGGGGAGCUUCUCGCCGUCAAACAGGUUCUGAUUGCUUCCAAUUAUGCUUCCAAGGAAAAAACUCAGGCUCAUAUUCAGGAGCUUGAAGAAGAAGUUAAGCUUCUCAAAAAUCUCUCCCAUCCAAAUAUAGUUAGAUAUUUGGGCACUGUGAGAGAAGAUGACACUCUGAAUAUUCUUCUCGAGUUUGUUUCCGGUGGAUCUAUAUCUUCGCUCUUGGAGAAAUUCGGACCUUUUCCUGAAUCAGUUGUACGGACAUACACAAAACAGCUGCUUGUUGGGUUGGAGUACCUUCACAAUCAUGCAAUUAUGCACAGAGACAUUAAGGGCGCUAAUAUCCUUGUGGAUAACAAAGGAGGCAUUAAACUUGCUGAUUUUGGUGCAUCCAAACAAGUAGCUGAGUUGGCUACAAUCUCUGGUGCAAAAUCUAUGAAAGGGACACCCUAUUGGAUGGCUCCGGAAGUUAUUCUUCAAACUGGACAUAGCUUCUCUGCUGAUAUAUGGAGCGUGGGCUGUACAGUUAUUGAAAUGGUUACUGGAAAGGCUCCUUGGAGUCAACAGUACAAAGAGGUUGCUGCUAUCUUCUUCAUCGGAACAACAAAAUCACAUCCUCCAAUACCUGAUACUCUCUCCUCUGAUGCAAAAGACUUUCUGCUUAAGUGUCUACAGGAGGAGCCAAAAAUGCGGCCAACGGCAUCUGAGCUACUAAAGCAUCCCUUUGUUACGGGAAAACACAAGCAAUCUGCUUCAACUGAUCUUGAUUCUGUCAUGAACAAUGGUAGUACUCCUACACUAUCACAGUUAACUAACACUAAGUGCUCUCCCAAUUCUACAUGCAACGAUGUAGGAGACAUGUGUAACUUGGGCAGUCUGAACUAUUCACUUGCAUCUCCUUUGAAAUCAAUCCAAAACAACAAUUUCUGGCAACAAAAUGAUAAUGGAGGCGAAGAAGACGAUAUGUGUUUGAUUGAUGAUGACAAUUUUUUGACAUUUAAUGGAGAGACAGGACCUAUCCUUGAAAAUAAUAGUGAUCUGAAGAAGAGCUGUGAUGCCACAAGUGAUAUGUCCAAUGCUUUGAACCCCAAUUUUGACGAAAGUCCACGUAAUGGAGAGAAAGAGACGAAAAUGAGCAUGGAAGUUGACCAACCUUCAUACUCAGAAGAUGACGAGGAGCUGACGGAAUCAAGAAUUAAAGCUUUCUUAGAUGAAAAGGCUGCAGACCUAAAGAAGUUACAGACGCCUCUAUAUGAAGAAUACUACAACAAUUUGAUCACAUGCUCUCCCAAUGGCAUGGAGAGUAACGUAAGUAGCAGUAAAAGAGAGGACACUGCUCGUGGUUUCCUGAAACUGCCUCCAAAAAGCAGGUCACCGAGUCGGGGUCCUCUUGGUGGUUCACCCUCGAGAGCAACAGACACAGUUACUUGUACUAAGAGCCCAGGAAGUGGAAGUAGUCGUGAAGUGAAUAUGAACGAUGGAGGUGAUGAAGCUUCGCAGGAUGGUGUACCAGCCCGAGUCAGUGACUGGAGGGGUCUUAUUGUUGACACUGAACAGGAAUCAAAGAGCCAGAGUGCUGCUUUGUCGGAGAUAGAGAAGAAGUGGAAGGAAGAGCUUGAUCAAGAACUAGAAAGAAAGCGACAAGAGAUCAUGCGCCAGGCAGGGACGGGAUCAUCCCCAAGAGACAGAAGCUUGAGCCGACACAGAGAGAAAUCGAGGUUUGCAUCUCCAGGAAAAUGACAUGUACAAAAAGCUCCAUGUCUCUCCUGCUAUAUUUUUACGGGCAAGACUUGCCAGAAACAGGCCCAGAUGGUCUUGAUCCUCGGCUUUCGAUUUUUCAUUGCUCAACUAGUAUAUAUAUGUAUGUGACUCUUGUUUUGGAGUAUACUUGAGGUUUGGUCUGAAUAUAUGAUUCUGAAAUGCUCUUUAAAUGUACUAGAUCUAUGUAAUCUGAAGAGUGUUGGGUGCA